CCUUUAACAGUGCGGUGUAAAAGUUUCAAGCCAAAAAUAAUCAGAAUAACAACAAAUAAGAAAACCAAGAUAUUUAAGAUACUAAGUACUUCAAAAUGUCAUUUUUGGAGCCUGAUGAUGACCCAUCUCUUCAUCGACUGGAGGGCUCCUCAGUUAACCAAAUGGGUGGUCUUGUCAUCAUGAAGAAGGGUCCAGCAACAGAGACAGAUAAAUUUUCCUUCAAAAAGCCUUCAUUGCUGGGCUUGGACAAGUUGGCAGCAUCGAAACGUAUGGCAGAAAAUGAGGCUGAUGGUAUGAAAAAGAAGUCUAAAGUGACUUCUUAUAGAGAUGAUGAGUUCAGCAGUAGUGACUCCAGCAGUUCUAGUGAUGACGAGUCUAAACCAAAGAAGAAAUCAAAAGAGAAUCGACAUGAAAGGCGCUACCGACAGUCCAGAGUCGAAACACCGUCCCAUCCAGGGGGUGUAAGCACGGAGGUUCGCGAUAAGCUGAAGCGUCGCCAUGAUCGGGACAGUGACAAGGGCGUGUAUGCAUCGUCUAAGGACAAAGAUAAGAAACACCACCAUAAAAACCGGGACAGACACCAUAAAGACAAGGACAGACAUAGGGACAGGGAGAAAGGAGGUGAUUCUCGGAGGGGAGACCGAGACUCCGAGAGAAGUGAAAGGCGUUCUGAGAGACGUGAUCGCCACUCUGAGAGAAGUUCACGAGACUGGAGUGACACACCCAGGCGGCGUGAUGAACCGCCAACUCCCAACAUACGAGUGAAGGACACCCCAUCAAGGUCAGCCUGGGACGAGGAUGAGGAUACGACGCCAUUGAAGCAUUCCAGCUGGGACCUGCCCACCCCCAGUGACCAUGGCGACAGGGGAGGUGACUCAGCCUUCAGAUCAGAAAGGAGCAAGGGAGGCAAGCGAAGGUCUAAGAAUUCGGACGACACUCCAAUGCCGACCCCAACAUACAAGUACAAUGAAUGGGCUUCCGACAAGAAAAACAUAAAGUUCACGCCAAGGGACUCGAGCAAAGAAGGAGAAAAAGGCGACAUGGAGUUUCGUGACGAGGAGGAGCGAGUAAUCUGGGAGGAGGAGCAGAAGCGACUGGACCGCGAGUGGUACGGAUUGGACGAGGGGUACGACCAGGAAAACAACCCGUUCUCAGGCAUGUCCGAGACGUACAAGAAGAAGAAGGAGGAAGAGAUUGAGAAGAGGAAGAAGAGCCGCAUGUCGGCACGGCAACGCCAGAUCAACAAGGACAUAGAGCUGUGGGAGACCAAUCGAAUGCUGCGCAGUGGUGUAGUCGAGAAAUUGAACUACGACGAUGAUUUUGAGGAUGAGAAUGAGGCUCGUGUGCACUUGCUUGUACACAACAUUGUACCGCCAUUCCUUGAUGGAAGAAUUGUGUUCACCAAGCAACCUGAACCUGUUGUGCCUAUAAAGGACCCCACAUCAGACAUGGCUGUGAACUCAAGGAAGGGCUCCGCUGUUGUGCGGACCCACAGGGAGCAGAAGGAAAGGAAGAAGGCCCAGAAGAAAGAGUGGGAGCUGGCAGGGACCAGAAUAGGGGACAUCAUGGGUGUAAAAAAGAAGGAGGAAGAGGAUGAGAGGGAGGAGAGGGACUACAAAGUGGACCACAAGUUUGCCGACCUGCUGCAGGAGAAGACCGAGGCCGUCAGUGAGUUUGCCAAGAAGAGAACACUGGCUCAGCAGCGCCAGUACCUGCCCAUAUUUGCUGUCAGAAAUGAGCUGUUAAAUAUCAUCCGUGAUAACAGUGUAAUAGUGAUAGUGGGAGAAACUGGCUCAGGAAAGACUACUCAGCUUACACAGUAUUUACACGAGGAUGGGUACACCAAGUACGGUAUGAUUGGUUGUACGCAACCUCGGCGCGUGGCAGCCAUGUCCGUCGCUAAGAGAGUCUCAGAGGAGAUGGGGGUCAAACUCGGCGAUGAGAUUGGUUACGCUAUACGAUUUGAAGACUGUACAAAUGAGAAAACAAUAAUAAAAUACAUGACUGACGGUAUCUUGCUGCGAGAGUCGUUGCGCGAGUCUGACCUGGACCACUACAGCGCCAUAGUGAUGGACGAGGCACACGAGCGGUCCCUUAACACUGACGUACUGUUCGGACUGCUGAGAGACGUGGUUGCUAGGCGCCAUGACUUGAAGCUGAUCGUCACGUCAGCCACAAUGGAUGCUGGGAAGUUUGCUCAUUUCUUUGGCAACGUGCCAACAUACACGAUACCUGGAAGAACGUUUCCUGUGGAGAUUAUGUAUGCAAAGAACCCUGUGGAGGAUUAUGUGGACGCAGCUGUGAAGCAGUCCCUGCAGAUCCACCUCAUGGGGAAUGAAGGUGACAUCCUGGUGUUCAUGCCAGGGCAGGAGGAUAUUGAGGUCACCUGUGAUCUGCUCUCAGAGCGUUUGGAACAGUUGGAUGAAGCUCCUCCCCUUGCAAUACUUCCCAUCUACUCACAGUUGCCUAGCGACCUGCAGGCCAAGAUCUUCCAAAAAGCACCAGAUGGCAUCCGCAAGUGUAUCGUGGCAACAAACAUCGCUGAGACAUCUCUCACAGUUGAUGGUAUCAUGUUCGUGGUUGACUCGGGCUACUGUAAACUGAAAGUGUUCAACCCAAAAGUGGGCAUGGAUGCCUUGCAGAUAUUCCCCAUCAGUCAGGCUAACUCCAAUCAGAGAUCAGGCCGAGCUGGGAGGACAGGGCCAGGUCAAGCGUACCGGCUGUACACGGCCCGCCAGUACAAGGACGAGCUGCUCACAACGACCGUGCCAGAGAUUCAGAGGACAAACCUGGCAAACGUAGUUCUGCUGUUGAAGUCUCUGGGAGUACAGGAUCUAUUGCAGUUCCAUUUCAUGGACCCACCCCCACAGGACAACAUCCUAAACUCCAUGUAUCAGCUGUGGAUCCUGGGGGCCCUGGACAACACGGGCACGCUGACCCCUAUGGGACGCAGCAUGGUGGAGUUCCCCCUGGACCCUGCACUCUCCAAGAUGCUCAUCAAGUCCCUCGAGAUGGAGUGUAGUGCAGAAAUACUGAUCAUAGUCUCAAUGCUGUCGGUUCCCGCCAUAUUUUACCGCCCGAAGGGUCGUGAGGAGGAAUCGGAUGCAGCUAGAGAAAAAUUCCAAGUUCCUGAGAGUGACCAUUUAACCUACCUCAAUGUAUACUUACAGUGGAAAAGGAACGCGUACUCUAGUAGCUGGGCCAACACCCACUUUAUUCAUAUCAAGGCCAUGAGAAAGGUCCGUGAGGUGCGCCAGCAGCUGAAGGAGAUCAUGGACUCCCAGAAGAUGGAGCUCGUCUCCUGUGGCAACGAAUGGGACAUUGUCAGGAAGUGCAUCUGCUCUGCGUACUUCCAGCAGGCGGCCAGGCUCAAGGGUCUCGGAGAGUAUGUUAACACGCGCACGGGCAUGCCGUGCCACCUGCACCCGACAAGCGCCCUCUUUGGGAUGGGUUACACUCCAGACUACAUCGUGUACCAUGAGCUGGUGAUGACCUCCAAGGAGUACAUGCAGUGUGUAACCGCAGUGGACGGUACCUGGCUGGCAGACCUCGGGCCCAUGUUCUACAGUGUCAAGGAUGCCACUAAGACCAGACAGGAGCGCCGUCAGCAGACGGUGGAGGAGAUGGGGGCCAUGGAGGACGAGAUGAGGAGGGCCCAGGAGCUUAUACUGGUCCGUAAGGAGCAGGCAGACAGGCAGCACCUCGGCUCAAAGAGGUCCCAGAUUGUGACCCCAGGUCGGCGUGAGCCCGGCACACCCACAGCCACACCCUGGAGAACACCCAAGUUUGGCAUCUGAACCUGGCACAGAUGGAACUCGGUUGACAACUUUGGUACUCUGCCGGUUACCAUGGUUUCUUUCCCUGUGGCCAGGGCAGAAGUGUGUUAAUAUGGAUAUCAAGUCUGCAAUGGACUGCACAGUCUGUAUAGCCAACUACUCACCAGCAAGUGUUCAUCACCAUGACAACUGUUGUUGGAUGCUGCGGAAAGCAGCACCCCUUUAUAAACCAUGGAAAAUAGUGCACUAGUGUCCAUAGACAAAAAUAGAAGAUACCCUUUACCACUCGGAGACGCACUUUUACAUGUAAAGUCUGUUAAAGAAUCAUAUUAAAUUUUAGACAUCUUUCACUAGAUUCAAGUUUAAAGGCUUCAUUUCCAACCCUUAGCCUGCAGGCUGUUCUGGUUGUAUGCUGGUUGCAAAAGUCAUUUCCACUUUGCUUCUGAGUGGGAAAGGGUUAAGUACUGCUUAGUUAUAUGUACUGUAACUGUUUAAACCCAAAAUUGUCUCAGCUUACAUUAAGAACACAUAUUUUCAGACAUUUUAGUCAUAUAAAGAUGACUGUAUAUGGGGCAUAUGAUUUAUGUCGCUCUGUCAGUUAUGGAAUAAUUUGAUGAAAUGCUUUCUAGUUGUUAUGCCCCCGGAUCGAAAGAUCGGGGGUAUAUUGCUUUUGGCCUGUCUGUCUGUCAUUGUGUGUGUCCCAAAACUUUAACCUUGGUUAAAGUUUGAUAACUUUUUUAAUAUUAAAGAUAGCUACUUGAUAUUUGGCAUUCAUGUGUAUCUCAUGGAGCUGCACAUUUUGAGUGGUGGAAAGUCAAGGUCAAGGUCAUCCUUCAAGGUCAAAGGUCAAAAAUCAUUGUAUUUUUAUUUCCUAAAACUUUAACCUUCGUUAAAGUUUGGUCAUAACUUUUUGAAUAUUGAAGAUACCCUUCUCAAAAAAGUGUGUGAAAUGUACGUUUUACGUACGUUUUGCGUGCGUUAAACGUGGCGGUAUUGGCACUGCGUUUUUUGUGCGCUUUUUUUUACCGAGUGAGUUUUUAACAAAAACAAACAAACAAGAAAAUGUGCGCGUUUUGUGGAUAAAUGUGCGCUUUAUGUGCGUUAAACGUGUGCUUUUUAUAAGUGUGUUCAAUGUGCGCUUUUAUGUGCGCUAAAUGUGCGUUAAACGUGCGCUUUUUAUAUAAGUGUGUUUUUGACUACCAUUUAUGUGUGUAAAAUGUGCGCUUUUAAGUGCGUUAAAUGUGUGCUUUUUGUGAGUUAAAUGUGCGCUUUUUUUAUUUAAAAAGCGCACAUUUAACUCACAAAAAGCGCAGUUAUAACCCACAUAAAAGCGCACAUGUGUGUUAAAGUGCGCUUUUAUGUGCGUUAAAUGUGCGUUAAACGUGCACUUUUUAUAAGUGCAUUUUUGACUGCCAUUUAUGUGUGUAAAAUGUGCGCUUUUAAGUGCGUUAAAUGUGCGCUUUUUGUGAGUUAAAUGUGCGCUUUUUUAUUUAAAAAGCGCACAUUUAACUCACGAAAAGCGCAGUUAUAACCCACAUAAAAGCGCACAUGUGUGUUAAAUGUGCGCUUUUAUGUGCGUUAAAUGUGCGCUUUUUAAAUAAAAAAGCGCACAUUUAACUCACAAAAAGCGCACAUUUAACGCACGUUAAGCGCAGUUAUAACCCACACAAAAUGCACAAUUUACGCAAAUGAAUGGCAGCAAAAAACGCACUCACAAAAAGCACACAUGUGCGUUAAAGGUGCAUCUUUUGCCUUAACAGUUGAUUCAAUUAUAUGCUGUUAAAAGUUUUUUUUAAUUCAGAUAUGCAAUAAAAACCAAUAAUUAUAUAAACAUAUAUAUUUGUGUAUUUUAAUAAUUACAAGAUAAUUCAAUUUUAUACUUUAAUGUACACCAACAUUUUUUAACAUACAUGAGUAAUUAAAUAUCAAUGGCAAUUUGAUGAAAUAAAUAUAAACAUAAUUUGAUUAUAAAUAAACAAAAAAUAAUAGCAUACUAUAAUAACAUGUACAGUAUAUACACACGAACAGCUAUAUACAUAAGAAAGAUGCAUAUCAAUCAAGGCCUUUCAGCAUUUCUUUGAGGCAGCGGAUUGCAGCUCUCAUCUUUCUCUCCAAGUCUGCCACUAGCCGGUCAAAUUUCUUUGCAACAAUUAUACUGUCAUGGCCUUUGCGCGAUGCGUCUCGUGCAUGAUCUCAUUUGAUCAGGUCCUGAAAGAUAUUUUAUAAUGUAAGUGUUGAAUAUUGCUGUUAUGGUAAUCUUGUUGCUAUAAAAAUUAUAAAUUUAAAUCAAAACUAGUUUGUUUGCUUGUUGUUUUGGGUUGUUUAUUUUGCAAUUUUAAUCCCCUGAUCACAUGUGACUUAACGCUUUUCAUAAAUAAAUACGUUUGAUAGAAAAUACUGUUCGAAAAUGUACCAAGAUACGUGGUCUCAUUUUGCUGUGUGGACUGGUCGGAAGUGUGACACCUUUAAAAUGCAAUAACCAGUACCCUGUAUAGUUUUACCUCUAAACAAAUCCAGCUUUUCUUGGUCAAGGAGAGGGCGCGGUUUUCCCACUCCUGUUCUCCUCAUGUCGGCCAGCUUGUGCAGGGUAAAACCUGGUAUUCAAGUCCAUACAUCAGGUAGUCUCUUUUUUGCUCCCUUUUUUGGCAGGCGAUGCGAUGAUGCACAUUCUUUCCAUGGGGUUUAACCUAUAAAUUUAAAAGUUCUCAUUUAAUAUGGGGGAAAAAUCUGUUCAUUAAUGACCAAAAAUAGGUAUAAAUAACUUUAAAAUGACAAUAACCAUAAAAUACAGCCAUAAUAAUUCAAAUGGUGUUGUUUUUCUUUAAAAUUGCAUUACAUUUACUCAUCCAUUUACAUUUCCCAGUGACAAUACAUAAAUAUGAUAAUGAUCAUUAGUAAUUCAAUAAACUAAAUAAAAAAGGGAUGCAGAAUUGAAAAUACAAACCUGUUACAACAGACUGUUCUUCAGUAUUCCAAAAAUACAGGCAGUUGUUGAACUAGACCAUAUCACUUUAUAUGUCUUUAACCACCCACUUUUAAUCUCCUUUAUUGUUGAUUUACACAUUGUAGUAAAUACACAUUUUUUUCAUCACACAAUACUUCAUGCUGAAAGUAUUUCAAGACAUUUUACACUAAAAUAAUAAGUCUUAAUUCUAGCUUAAAGUCAGUUGCUGAUGCUGCUUGUUUUCAAAAAAUAACUUCCUAUCUGUGGUUCUCAAAUAGAUGGUGCCUGAACAAAUCAAAAGUAUAUCAACAUCCCUUAGUUAGGCUUAGAUGGAGGACUGAUAGGGACUGGCUAUUCUCUUAUCUGAUACCAUGCUGUGUCUAAGCCAAAAAUUGCAUAAUUUGAGAAAUACUGAUAAGGCAGUCAUUUCAACACCAAAAUAUUUAUUGAAUAAUACACAGCACCCUUAACACAUUAUAUUUAAUUGUAAAUAUUUAAAUAUAACAUGCUGAAUGGUUUUAGCAAAUAAUAUUAAUAGUAUAAAUAUUAUUUUAAUGCCUUUUAAAAUGUAUGUUUAUGGUCAAUGUGGUAGACAUUAAUUGUAUUAGGGUAUAAAUAUCAGUAUAAGAAAGUUCAAAUACUUAUUUAUGUUGAGGAAAUAUAAUUGAUACUAUCAAGCCCACAUAAUACUUUUGACACUUUCAAUAUUUUUAAUUAGUUACACACAGUCUGAUUUAGGUGGAAUUUUUUAGAAAUGUUUGAGAUUAAAACGUAAGCAAUAGGGUAUGCAUUGAAAUUGUAUGAUAAAGUAUGUAAACAUUAAACAGGUUAAUAUGGACAACCAGUAAUUAUUCAAACUGCCCCUUAUAUUAUUACAGGUUACUGAGAUAUAUGUCUAUGUUUAAUCAUUUGAUGUAAAUAAAUUGUUAGAGCCUGCAACAAUUUUGUUUCUUGUUCAAUUUCUGUACAACAUUUGCUAAACGGUUGUUAAAGACGCACUUUUUAAGAAGUGUGUUAAACAUGAGUCUUUUUAGAUACAUCCUUUUAAAACAGAUCAUAUGAUAAAAACACACUUAUGAAAUAAAAGACUAACUUAUGCUUAAAAAAGACGCACAUCAAAAUAGAAAAACGCACUUUUGUGAGAAAAAAACCCACAUCUGUAAACCUUAAAACACACUUCUUAGAUAAAAGACGCACUUCCUAAAUAAAAGACGCACUUCUUAGAUAAAAAACACACAUUUUGCUCACAUCUACACUCAAAAGCGCACUUACAGAUGAAGAAAACACACAAAAAACGCACUUCCUAAAUAAAAGACGCACUUCUUAGAUAAAAAACACACAUUUUGCUCACAUCUACACUCAAAAGCGCACUUACAGAUGAAGAAAACACACAAAAAACGCACUUUUUCACUAAAAUAACGCACUUGAAAAGCAAAAACGCACAAAAAGCGCACUUAAAUGCUCUUUUGAUCACGGAAAACGCACAUAUUAACAAAAAACACACAAUUAACGCACUUUUAAGUGCGCUAAAUGUGUGUUUUGGUAAAAAGUGCGUUUUUAUUUGACAAGGGUAGCAACUUGAUAUUUGGCAUGCAUGUGUAUCUCACGGAGCUGCACAUUUUGAGAUGUGAAAGGUCAAGGUCAUCCUUCAAAGUCAAAGGUCAAAUUUAUGGCUUCAAAGCGGAGCAAUAGGGGGCAUUGUGUUUCUGACAAACACAUCUCUUGUUUUUUAAUAUGAUUUCUGUUCAAAAGCACUUUCAUAUUGUUGAAGAUAACUUAAUUUCCAGUUUGAUCUGGUCUGUGAUACAACUAUUUUUAAUGUAUGAAUCUGGGACUUUUCUGUAAAAGAUUGUUAUAAAUAUUAUAUGAACAUGACCGCAAUAAACAUUGAAAAUA